CUUCUCCAAACCAGCUCAUAUCUCUUUCUCUCUCUUCUCUCUCUCUCUCUCUAACUAUCUCCAUUUUCUUUGUUUUUUCUCUGCUGUGAUUUUGAUAUUAAUAAUGUGACUAAUCAGUAAUCUAAUCUAAUCUGCUUCGUGGAUCAUGAACAGUGAGGAACAUGAAGUAACAGAAGCAUAGAUUCAGCAUUUCUCUGUCAUUUUGCAGAUUCUAUAUAGUUUCUUAAGAAUUAAGCUGAAGAAAUGGGGUGUGCUGCAUCAAGAAUUGAUAAGGAAGAAAGAGUAAGGAUAUGCAAGGAGAGAAAGAUGUUAAUGAAGCAAAUAGUUAGGUUUAGAAAAGAAUUUUCCAAUUCUCAGUUGAUGUAUGUUAGGGCUUUGAAAAAUGUUGGAAUAACUCUUCGUCAAUUAACCGAGUCAGAGUCGCUUGAAACAACUGAAAAUGGCUCUAUAGGUCUUGUUUUGCCGCCUCCUUCACCUCCUCCACCACUGCCGCCAUCUCCUCCGCCACCGCCAAGUUUUAGUCCUGAUUCGAGCAAGUUUGAUGAUAACUUAAAAAUGGAAAUGACUCAAGAGGAAAUAAUUGAUCAUGAUGAUGAGGAUGAUUGUAGUACGCCACCUCCACCUCCAGUUCAUAGCUCAUCUUGGGAUUUUUGGGAUCCUUUUGGUUCUUCAUCUCCAGUUGAGGAAGAUAAUUGGGCAGAGGCUAACAGUGAAUUCAAUGAAGAACAUGAAGACAUUGAAGAAGAAGAAGAAAUUAGUGUUAACGAUAUUUCAAAUUCAUUGAUUGAGAAGUCACUGACGGUUGAGUUGCUUGAUGACGAUUCCUCAAUGUUAAGCUGGCAUACAAAAGACGCUGCUGAUCUUGCCAUGGUGUUCAGCAGGGGCAAGAAGACAUUAGCAAAUGUUAUUAAGGAACUAGAUGAUUAUUUCCUUAAAGCAUCUGCUGGCGGUAGGGAUGCACUCAUUCUUAUGGACAUUAACGCAAGCGACUCUUUUCCCUGGCAAAGUUCCAAAGACAACAGGAGAAAUGGCUACAGUUCUGCCAAGGUGUUCAAUGCAUUGACUUGGAGUUGGUCUUCAAAAUCACUUCAAAGCACAAAGGACAGUAAAGAACUAUGUGUCACGGGUGAGCCAUGUAAGCCUGGAGCUCAUUCCAUUACUCUCGAAAAACUGUGCUCUGAAGAACAGAGGCUCUAUAAGGAUGUGAAGGAUGAGGAGUUUGCCAAAAUAGAGCUUGAGAGGAAAUCAAUAUUCUUGCAAAAGUUAGAAGAUGAACACGACUCAGAUAAGAUUGAGAAGGCUCAAUUAGUUGUGGAGAGUUUGCAGUCUAACAUAGCAUGCCUUCAACAAUCAAUUGACAAAACAUGUACUUCUAUAUUAAUUCUCAUAGACGAGGAGCUGCAUCCUCAACUGAUUGCAUUGACUUCCGGGUUGAUGAGCAUGUGGAGAAAGAUGUAUGAUUGCCAUCAGGUUCAGAAUCAAAUUGUUCAACAGCUGAGUUAUCUUGGAUGUCAAGAAAGCACAGAUCCAACUACUGAGUAUCAUUGCCAUGCUGCUGCUCAGCUGAAAAACGAGGUUACUACUUGGUAUACUAGCUUUUGCAGUCUUGUAAAAUCUCAAAAGGAGUAUGUAAGAGGCCUUUGCAGAUGGAUGGAAUUAGCAGCAUCAUUCGACUCUCAACCGAGUGGUAGUUGUUCAACCUUAGUUCAUGCACUUUGUGUAGAAUGGCAGCUGGCUUUUGAUAGUUUGCCAGAUAAGAUUGCCUCGGAGGCUAUUAAGAGCUUCCUAUUGGCUAUCCAAUCUAUAGUAAUCCAGCAGGUAGAAGAACUCAACCAGAAGAGAAAAUCUGAAAAGCUGGAGAAAAAACUUGAAAGCCAUCUUAGCUUACUAGCUGAAAUUGAGACAAAGAUAGAGAAAAACAAGAAUUUUGAUGAUUCGAAUUCAGUCUUGGGCCCAAAACACCCUUUAUCAAUCAAGCGUGCGAAAGUAGAUGCUUUGAAGAAGCUUGUGGAAGAUGAAACAGCCAAGUAUAUGAACGAAGUUGAGGUUACUCGUAAAAUGACUGUUAAUAAUCUAAGUUCAAGUCUCCCUAAUGUAUUUAACGCAUUAAUGUCAUUUUCAAAGGCAUAUGCAGAAUCGUUGGAGAGAAAUCUGAAUCAGGAUAAUCGGCCAAGCCUUGCCCAAAAUUGAUUGUAGAGAAAUCUGAAUCAGGAUAAUCGGCCAAGCCUUGCCCAAAAUUGAUUGGCCUGCCUUUUAUAAUUUAAUGGCAGGUGCGUAAAUUGAUUGAUUAAUGAUGUAAUUUUUUCUAUUGGAAUGGUUGUGACAUUGAAAUUUUGAGGUGUAGCUUUAUUAGUAGACAUAUAUAUAUAUAUUUUAGCAAGUUAAGUCUCAA